GCAACAAACACUGCAUCGCUUUAUUAUUCAUCAGUAAUCACGCCGAGGUGAACGGAGUCAACUUCUCAACACAACUUCAGUCUUCUCAGUCAAAAAAGCACUUUUUGGAGAUUAUUGAGGAUGCCCAAUGAGAUGGAGGUGAGCAAGGUGAGUCCUAAAGAGGUGGAGGAGGACAAGGAGGUGACGUGGGACAACAAGUAUCAGUACUUGCUCACCACCAUCGGCUUUGCAGUGGGACUGGGAAACAUUUGGCGUUUUCCUUACCUGUGCCAGAUCUAUGGAGGCGGAGCCUUCCUCAUCCCCUACGUGUUGGCCCUGGUUCUGGAGGGCAUCCCCCUGCUCUACCUGGAGAUGGCAGUGGGACAGAGGAUGCGCAAAGGCAGCAUUGGAGUCUGGACCUCUAUCUCCCCGCUUCUGGCUGGAGUGGGUAUCAGCUCCAUGUUGGUAUCCUUCCUGGUGAGCCUCUUCUACAACGCGGUGCUGGCCUGGGUGCUGUGGUACUUCUCCAACUCCUUCAGGAACCCCCUGCCCUGGAGCAAGUGUCCCCACAAUGCAAGCAUGACAGGCUUGGAUGCGGAAUGUGUGAAGAGCACGCCGGUCAAUUACUUCUGGUACCGUCGGACGCUCAACAUCACGCCCAACAUCGAGACCAGCGGGUCUCUGCAGUGGUGGUUGGUGCUCUGCCUGGCCUGCACCUGGUUCAUCAUCUAUCUCUGCUUCUUCAAGGGCAUCAAGUCCAUGGGCAAGGCAGUGUAUGUGACAACCACCUUGCCCUAUGUGGUCCUGACCAUCUUCUUGGUCCGUGCCGUCACCCUGCCUGGAGCUACGGAUGGACUGUCCUAUCUCUUCAGUCCGAAUUGGCAGAUACUGAAGAACCCUCAGGUGUGGCUGGACGCCUCAACACAGAUCUUCUUCUCUCUCUCGGUGGCCUUUGGAGGUCUGAUUGCCUUCUCCAGCUACAACACCAAGACAAACAACUGUGAGAGAGACGCGAUCCUUGUGGGAGUAAUCAACAGCAUCACCUCCCUUUAUGCAUCCAUCUCCAUCUUUGCCAUCCUGGGCUUUAAAGCCAACAUAGCUCUGAAAAACUGUCAGGAUACAAACCUCUUGAUUUUAAUGUCCGAAUUUGGUGUGAAAGGGAGCAGGUACAGCUACACUAGCACACUCAAUUGUCUGGAGAAAACCAAGCCAGAUAGGCUCCACAAUCUGAACCUGAAACCGUGUGACCUCAAAACCUUCCUGGAUAAGAGUGCUUCUGGCACCGGCCUGGCCUUCAUCAUGUUCACCCAAGCCGUGCUGGAGAUGCCCGGCUCACAGGUGUGGGCCGUCUUGUUCUUCCUCAUGCUCUUCACCUUGGGCCUGUCCUCCAUGUUUGGCCUGGUGGAAGGAGUCCUCAGUGCCAUCCGUGACCUCAAACUGGUGCCCAAGUCCAUCCCCAAUGAAGCCUGGACAGCGCUUUUCUGCUUCUUGGCCUUCUUGAUAUCGCUGAUCUUCGCCCAGGGUUCCGGGAGCUACUGGGUGGGGGUCUUCAACAGCUACGUGGGCUCCAUCCCUCUGCUCAUCAUCGCAUUUUUUGAGGUUAUCGGCGUGGUGUACGUCCACAGCAUGACAAAUUUCAGCGACGACAUCUACCUGAUGAUCGGGAGGAGGCCUCACCUGUACUGGCAGAUCUGUUGGAGGUUCAUCAGUCCCUUGAUGCUCCUGGUGGUGUUGUUGGCGUACGUGGCGCUGCAGGCCACGGAGAGGCCCAAAUACGACACCUGGAACCCUGCUUAUGAACUGUUUCCCCAACCGGAGGUGAAGUCCUAUCCAGACGCCGUGUUCGUCUUCAUCGUCUUUCUGUGCGUGCUGCCCGUCAUCGCCAUCCCAGUGAUGGCCGUCUACAACUGGUUCAAGCAGCGCGCGUCACGCCCUGACGUCACCUUGUACCGCUUCGAGAUGUUUGAGACGCCCGUCUUUGGGGGCGGCGACCACUGACGAGUUCACACCUGAAAGAAAACUCUGGCUAAAUAGUAAAAGCCGACUUCCAGGUAUGGAGUCGAAAGAAUGGAAUAUUUGAAAGCAAAGCCUCCGCAUUACAACUAGGAGUUAUUUCAUGGUAAAAUUGCAUAUUUUUAUCAAUAAUUUCAUGA